AUGGCCACCGAAAAGCUUGAUGUCAUCAUCGUCGGCGCAGGCAUCUCCGGGAUCAACACUGCGUACUACCUGCAGGCGCGCGGGCCAGCCGACACGACCUACGCCAUCCUCGAGGGUCGGGGUCGUUUGGGCGGGACCUGGGAUCUGUUCCAGUACCCCGGGAUUCGAUCCGACUCGGACGUCUUCACCUUUGGUUUCUCGUGGAACCCGUGGCAGCGCACGACGCCCAUCACGCUGGGGUCGAAAAUCUGGGCGUACCUCGACGAGUCGGCGGCCAAGGAGGGGAUUGAUAAGAACAUUCGGUACCACCAAAAGGUGGUUGCAGCAGACUGGAACUCCCAGGCUGAGAGCUGGACGGUACGGGUCCGCAAGGUUGACGAAGGAGAGAAAGAACACGAGCACGAAAAAGAGGAAGAAGUACUGUACGAGGCCAAGUUCCUCGUACUGGGAACAGGGUACUACAACUACGACAAACCCCUAGAGACGAUCAUCCCGGGGAUCGAGGACUUUAAGGGACCUGUCAUCCGACCCCAGUACUGGCCCAAGGACCUGGACUAUGUCAACAAGAACGUCGUCGUGAUCGGCUCGGGGGCCACCGCCAUCACCCUCGUGCCCAGUAUGGCCGAGGACGCGAGGAAGGUGACCAUGCUACAGCGUAGCCCUACGUAUCUCGUCAGCAUGCCGUCAAAACAGGGCAUUGUGAUGAGGUGUCUGUGGGCUGUACUGCCCGGCGCCGUCGUCAGUCGAAUGCAGCGCCUCCGCUACAUGGCCUUUAGCAAUGUCUUGUACUUCUUCUGCCAAUGGUUUCCCCACGCGGCAAAGAGGCUCAUCAAGGCGCAAACCAUGGCGCUGCUGCCGGCCAACUACCCCUUUGAGCCGCACUUUACACCUCGAUACAACCCCUGGGACCAGCGCAUGUGUCUGUGCCCCGAUGGCGACUUCUUUGCGGCCCUGCGGUCCACCAAAGCGGACGUCGUGACGGAUACCACUGAGCAGGUGACGGACGACGCAAUCAAGCUGCACAGCGGGAAGACACUAAAGGCCGAUAUCAUCGUCGCCGCAACGGGUCUGAAGCUACAGUUUGCGGGCGGCAUGGCGCUCAGCGUGGAUGGGCAGCCGCUCGACCCGUCCAGCAAGUUCACAUUCAAGGGGGCCAUGUUGCAGGACGCACCCAACCUGGCGUACGUGUUGGGCUACGUGAAUGCGUCCUGGACGCUCGGCGCGGAGGCGACGGCCAUCUUCCUGGCGCGGCUCUGGCAGGGGAUGAGGAACAAAGGGAUCCGCGUGGUCACGCCGCGCGCCACGCAUCUCGAGACGUCCACGAUGGAGACCCAGCCGCUUCUGCCGCUGUCGGCGACGUACGUGGACAAGGGCGCCAAGGACAUGCCAAAGGGGGGCACGGGCGUGUGGGCGCCCAGGCGGAAUUUCGUCAAGGACUUGUUCCUGGCCAGCACGACGAAUCCGCUGCACGGGCUGGAGGCUCGUUGA